AUGUAUGCACGUGCGGGAAAGUCAAGCUAUUUGUAUCAGUUCGAAAUCGAAGGUGACAAUCAAUUGAUAGUUAUUGAUUCGAAUAUUGGAUCAGCUGAUAAUGUUGUGAUUCGACUCACGCAAAAUUUACCUCCAAACUCAUUUAUCGCUUACGAUAAUUAUUUUGCAACUAUUGGGUUAAUUAAAUUUCUAAAUACUAAACAAUAUCAUGUUGUAUCCACAAUGAGAUUAAAUCGUUUAAAUUCCUCAUUAUUAAAAUCUGAUAAACAGAUGAAGCAAGAAGGGAGAGGUUCAUUCGAUUCUCUGACUACUGAUAAUGGUCAUAUAGUAGUUACAAAAUCGUUUGACACUAAAGCAGUUUACAUACUCUCAAACUGUUUUGGUCCGACACCUGUCGGUGAACCUAAAAGGUUCGAUCGAAAAAGUAACACUCAUAUAACAAUAUCACGACCAUAUUCAACAAAUGGAUACAAUCAAUGCAUGGGUGGUGUUGACUCAUUUGAUAUGCUCAUGAGUUUAUAUCGAAUUCAACUGAAAGGAAACAAGUGGUAUCGAAAAUUCUUUUACAGUUUCUUGGAUUCUUCUAUCAUCAACUCGUGGCUCAUUUACAGACAAAUAACGUCUUCUGAAAUUGAUCUUUUGAAUUUCAAGUUGAGUUUAGCUCAAGAAUUGGUUAUAUCCCUUAUCGACAUCCGGUUACAAUCAUUUGCUACGACUGAUAUUUCAAGAUAUGAUCAAAUCGGACAUUUCCCUGGUUGGAAAGAUUUAAAUGGCACAAGACGAAAUUUCAAAAGUAAACGAUGUCAAUUUUCUAGCUGUCGAAGAAAAACUAGUACUUACUGCAAGAAACGUAAAGUUUGGCUUUGUUAUGCUGAAACUAAUCAUUUCGAAUUAUACCAUCAGUUUCACAAUUAAUGAUUUGGAACUUUCUGAACGGAUGAUAAUAUAACUGGUAGUGACUGACGUAGAAGAUGAUAUUGAUGCAUUUAUGUGAACUACGUCGUUCUCCCUGCUUUGUUGUAAACCUCAGAAAUUUCUUUCAGUAAAAAGUAACCUGUGUAUCAUAUGCUCAGUAAAUUGACAUCUAAUGAAUUCAGCUCAAACUUUUUCUAUGUAUAUUAGGGGUCAUAAGAGUCAUGUUACUGUGGAAAUUGUCCUCUCAAACCAUUAAGUUUAUCCAAAGGCAAGAAAGAGU